AUGACCGAGCACGGCUCGCAGCAGCCUCAUCCUGCAUACUGCGAGGAGUACAGCGAGGAGAACCAGGCAACUGUGCCUGAGACAAAGCAGUCCGCCAAUGUCGCAUCCAAGUCAGAUGCCGGAAAGUUGAGAAUUAUCCGCGAUGAGCAGAGCGACUCAGGCUAUUCAAGUCAUACCCAUAGCGCACAAACCUCCUCACUAGAUUCAAAAUUGGAGGUGACUCAGUCUGCUGCCGUCAACCCUUCCAACCAUGAACCAGCCCCAGCCCCAGCGCAAAAGAAACCAGGAGCGAGUCGAGCGACAAGCCCAGUGAAGCAUACGUUGAAGAGAACAGAGUCGAAAAGCCGAAGAGAUGGACCCUCACGGAAAAAAGAUAGUCAUUGCGACAAAUGCGCUCACGAAGCGCGAAGAGCAGCUAUGCCACACGAUGCAUAUCGACCGGGAAAUUAUGCCAUCCCACCACCAAGGCAACGAACGCCAGCACCACCAUCACCUCAAGCAAGAAGGAUGCCUCCUGCGGUCAUUCUACCACCUCCACAGCCACGCCCCAGAGCAGCGACUUCUUCACGGGCUGCUCGACCAAUCAGCUUUCAUGCUGGAGCCAUGAGUGAGCCCAUGUUCAUGGCGCAACCCACCUUCAUUGUUGAUCGACAACCACCACCAAGCCAACCUGCAUAUCCUUUCCCACCACCAUCUUAUCCUCCACAUCCAGCUUACCUCCAAGCUGCUCCGCUUCCACAAGCACCUCCACCUCCACCUCCACCUCCGCCACCCCCACCGCCUCAAGAGUUCUACGUUCCAGUCUCUAUAGACUAUGGAGGGGCACCACCUCCAGCUAGACCUAGGCCUCGAAAAUGGACGUCGGAGCAUGGCCGCCCACGGCCUCAGACAAUGUACUACACCAGCCCUCCAAUUCUGGAAUACGCUGAGCCAAGGCGUCAAACUCCCGACCCAGUAUCACAGCCUCUUCACAGGCAAGUAUCCCGUCGCGGUCGCCGUGAGACCCUUCGCGAGCCACGACUGUCACCAGACGACGACUCACAGAGAAUGCCACCGCCACCGCCCCCAGCCCCUCCUCCUAGAUUGGAUACAAGAUCACGUCAUGAGCAGCGCCCGAACAUACGGCACGCAGUCACAUCUGCGAAUGCGUACGCAGACCUACAGCUUCGAGGAGGCGGUCGCGAGGGAAUAGAAUCUCCCGUCAGGUCCCGCGACUCCCGCAAAGCGCCAUACGAAGAACAAUCACGCUCACGUCGACCAUCUUUAGCCAGACCCUCAAGAACAAGUGACGAAAAGGUAGUCAGCUUCAAUCAGUUUCAGCAUGAUCCGGCUCGCAUAGACUCGGAGCCUGGCAAUACUAAGUCUCGUCGUAGGUCGUCAGUGUAUGGACAUGAAAGCCUGCAUGAUCUCGAGGGCUCUAUAGAAGCCUACCAGCAAGCUCGAGGAAACUCUCGCCCAACUGAAAACGUUGCUACGAAUCACGACGACGUCGCACGUCUGGUCCGAAAGAAAACAAACACUGACAGUGAGGCUGGCAGUCGGGUAAGCGCCCACAGCCGAGGAAGUCGAGGUAGUCGAGGUAGUCGUGAAGGCAGCGAUGGCAAGGAUUCUAAGGCACUAGAUCGCCGAACCAGCAACGACGUCAACGCGCGCAAUGAAAAUGAUCGCUUCGCACUUCGCUUCAACCCUGAAGGCAUCAAUGUCAAGAUGCAAGCCGGCAUGGAGGGACGUGCCAUCAACCUUAGAAAGAGCAAGGAAGGCGACGGCGAUAUGGAACUGAGUAUCGAGUCUCGUGCUAGCCUUGAGGCUGCUCGCGGACGGCACACAAGUAGCAGCCGACCAGCGUUGAGAGAGAAGAGUCGCAAACGAUAUUCAAUUGUCGAUGGGCAAGGUGCCGUGAAGGAGAUCGAGGCAACAGCCUAUGAUGCAUCGCGAUCUGCUAGUAUAGCACGCGUCAAUUCCCGAGAAGAGGCUGGACCAAGGAUUCUUGGGGAGAGGAUCAUCACCACAACGAGGAGCAGGAGGAGCAGCAGGUACGGCUAUGAUGGACAGGAGAGGUACCAGCGACGAGACUGA